AUGAAUCGACCAGGUAGUUGCUUGCCCUUCCCAUCUCGAGCCUCGCCUCGCCUCGCCUCGCCUCGCCUGCCCCGCGGUUUGCCUUGCACGAAUCCCGCCCAUUGUGUGCCUCGCGCCGAGUCCAACGUGUCGCCGGCCUGGCCACCGACGCUGCCCAUCUGCCACCCGAGCCUGUGCGACCGCCGUGUCGAACCAUUGGCUUCCCGCCCGCUGACGAGCGCCCUCGGCCCAGGGCUCACGGCCGCUGGCUAUAUACCUGCCUCCGGCUCAGCCUCGCCAGGGUCGACCCGCCAGCCUGCCGUGGCCCAGCAGCGCCGCAUGUGGCCGACGACGUAUCUCGACCAGCUUGGCCCGCGCUCGACCGUCCCCUUCCUCACGUCGUGCUCCAUCCCGCUCUAUAACCACACCCGAGGCAUUGGCGACCCUUGGCUAAUCGUAGACGUGUCCCAGGUGCCGUACCACAGUCCCUACGAGGCAUGCCAUCAGGAUUUGGAGGACAACAGCAGCCUCAACAACAACAAGGCCGAUCCGCCAGCAGAGUUUGAGACUGAUGCCGUCGCGGACAUAGCAAAUAACGGCAGCGGCUGGGCCUUUGGCGGAAGUGUGCCUCUGAGCGGUGCUGCAGGACUGCAGAAUUCAUCCAGGCAACUGGGUGCCAACCUGAGUUUUGCUCAAAGCCUGAGUGCUUCCCAUCCAGGAACACCACUCGACUUAUCGUAG